ACCCUCACAGCAUUCUGUGACAGUGUACGCAGCGCGCUCAAAUUGUACCUCGAAAGGUGUUACUUCCUCCCGAAAUCACAUCAUGCACUACGAAGACGUGAUGGACAAACGUCCUCGAACGUACGCACCGUAUCGGACGACAUUGGACGAGCGUGACUUGGUGCGGGCCGCGGAAGAGCUGCACGAAAACGAGGACACGCGCGAAUCAUCCCUUGCGCUGAUGCGUGAGUUUAUCGCGAAACAUCCGCAAAUCGUACGCUGCCGGACGGAUCCGGUGUUUCUGUUGCGGUUUUUGCGGUACAGGAAGUUUAACGUCAACGAUGCUUGCGCAACGCUGGAAGGCGGAUUGGCGUUUCUGAUGCGCAUGCGAACACUGUACGGUGCGGAGGUGAGCAGCUUCCAUCCCAACGUGCAGCGUAUGGUGGAGCUGGAUGCGAUCGUACCGCUUGGGCAGGACCGACAGCGACGUACGGUCAUACUGGUGCGCGUGGGUGCAAUGGAUCCGAAAGAAACGACCGCACUGCUGCAGAUGAGGCUCGGUGCGCUCGUCAUUAACACGUGCCUGGAGUACGAGCGGACACAGGUGCACGGGACGGUAUGGGUGGUGGACUGUUCCGGCAUGACGAUGGCACAUGUGGGGAUGUGGGGCCUGAGCGAAGUGAAGAUGAUGGCCGACUCCAUCAACGAGGUCGUGACGAUGUUCGUGAAGGAGGUGCACAUGGUGAAGGUGCCGAGGAUCACCUGGAUGCUGCUAGACUUGCUGCUGCCCUUGUUGAGUCCGAAAAUAAGGGACCGAUUCAAGUUCCAUCGCACCGAACAAGAACUACACAGUGCGAUCGAUCAAACGCUCCUCCCGACGACGUGCGGUGGGCAGCAAAGCUUGAAGCAAGCUACGGACAACUUUCGCGACAUGUUCGAGAAGCAAACGAAAUGGUUCAAGCUCGAGGAACAGUUCCUGAUGGAUCUUUCCAUACCGGCGCCAGGUAGUUCGGGCUCAUCAGCACGCACCGCCCAUCGCAACGAGUUCCCCGGCGAGGAGUCGAUGGUUGGAAGCUUCCGGAAGUUGACCGUCGAUUGAGCUCGACCAUCGCCG